CGCCUCACCAAUCACCCUGCAGCCAGCUGUGUCGACUAUCGACAUGUCGUAAACUUGCUCUUGGCUUUUGUAGAUUUCAUGUGUCAACAACAGAAAUAGUUACUUGGACUUGAAGUCGAAAAUUUUAAUGUCGCCUAGUUGCAUAACAGUCGAGACCUGUUAUAACUCAGGUAUUUGUGUAAUCUCGCAGGUAACGGCUCAUACGGUCGAGUCUUCAGUCCACAUCACAGUGUACGAGCGUAUACGUGUAUACGAGGCUAUCGACUCAGGUAUUGACAAACAUAUUUAAUUGCCGUCGCCAUCUUGGAUCAGGCACCUUCGUUUCCUUGAUGUCGUAAACAUGGUUUUGGUCCGAUGGCUGUGCACCCGGCCGCGUGCUUUCAGACGCCUCCGACGGGCUGUUGUCCUGGCUGUUGCUGUAAUCAUCUUCAUCACAGUCAUGUAUCCCCAGGAGAAUACAGAUUCACUUCAUGCACAAGGAAUGAAGCCUUUGAAAAGAACCAAUCACGAUCAUCCGCCUCCUGCACAUCGGUUCGAGGAACGGCGUCAGCGUCUUGAACGCGCCUGCAAACUCCGCAUCAACCUCCGGUCUGGACUUCAACCCCUUUUAAACUACACUGAACAACUGAUCGUAAAUGUAAAGAGCAACAUCUCAUUAUGUGAAAUUCCGAAAGUUGGUUCUAUGUUUUGGCGAUCGGUUCUGAGCGUUUUAGCAGGAAAAACGGACAGUUUCCAUUCCGCGUUUGACAAAAACUGGCUGACCUAUCUCUCAAGCCUACCGAGCAACCAGAUAGCACAGUAUAGAACAACGAACAAGAUAGUGUUUGUCAGGAACCCCUUUUCCAGACUUUUAUCAGCAUACGUCGACAAACUGUUCGGACCAAACCCAUUUUAUUGGAAUUUGGUUGGAAAAAACAUUGUGCAAACAGUCCGACAAAAUCCAUCUGCAGACAGUCUAAGAUGUGGCCAUGACGUCACAUUUCCGGAACUUGUUCGUUACCUGAUCAUAAUGGACAGCAAAGGAGUGAAAUUUGACAGUCAUUUUGUGCCGGUAAGUAGGCACUGUUCGUUUUGUGAUACGCGCUACGAUUUUAUCGGCCACGUCGAGACGUUCCGAGAAGACGUGGUCCGUAUUGUUAACGCCGUCUCCCAACUGAAGGAACAGGUCAACCUGUCUGGAAUCGAAACCGGGACAGAUCUUCAGCAGCUGGAACGAAACACGUAUAAUGUUUUCGGCAUGAGAAAAGAAAGGAUACUCAAAUGCAUGACAUUUCAUGAGGCUCUACUUCGACUCUGGCGACGGUGGCAGAUGCGAGGUAUUUUGCAUAAAUCAGAAACGUUUCCUGUGAAGAAGGACCAAUCGAAUUCUGUUACGUUUAACGAAUUUCACAAGAUGGCAGUCGAAGCAUGGAAUCGUUCCGGAAGCGGAAGUUGGAAGUCAACCAAUAGAAAAGAGGCUCUGAUGGAAGCUUUUAGCGACCUUGACCCUGGUGAUUUAGAACAGCUGAAGGCAAUGUUUGAAAAUGACUUUUUACUUUUCGGAUAUAGUCGUGACAUGGAUGUUUACGGCGUAAAGGAAGCGGAUUUUAAAUACUUUAAACUUGAUUAA